CCUUUAUUUGCAGGUAUUAUUUUUGCUGCUCUGUUUUCUUGCUUUUAAUUUGGAAACUCUCCCAAACUUUUCUAUUCCACUGCUGCUGGAUUUCCUUUCCCUGCUCUUUAAUUUGACACUUACGACUCUAUUCUUGGUUAUAAACAAGAUCCCCUCCGCGAGACAAAAGCUCUAGAUUCCCAGUCCCCACCUCUCCUCUCCGUUUCUCCCCACCCCUAUGAGAAGUCUGGGAUGAGUUUACCUAUCACUCAGCACCUGGGUUUUGCUGAAAUAGUUUAAUCUUCACUGGAAUCUGGGGGCGGGGAGAGAGAAAGAGAGAGAGCAGAUUCCUUAAAGCGAUUCUUUCCCCCAUCUUGGGGUCUGGUUCUGUUUGCUGUUUGUUUUCAUCUUUUCUUAGUAUCUUCCUCACAGCGGGACCUGCGUGAUCUGCUCUCUGACCCCUUGCACAUCCCAACACCAUUCUUUGCUCAGACAGGUGGAGGCUGCUUUGACUGAGGAAAUGACUUUAAAAUAUUCAAAUUCUGUAAAAUAUUUCACACACGCAAUAAAGUUCGCACCAGCCAAACAAAAAUAUUAUGCCUUACAGUUUGCCCUAUUUCAAUAUUUUUAAUUUUAAACACAAAUAAAAACUGAGGUGGUCAUUACAGAAUUGCAAUAACUCAGGUUGUUUCUUCCUUGUCAUAGUCACUCUGGUGUCAUGGCUCAUCAGACCUGCUGCUUGAAGGGAGAAACUUGUGUUGUCACAGGGAGUGGAGAUGGGCAGCCUAGCCUGGAGCUCCACAAACAUUUACAAGUCUGAACCUGCCAACCAAAACUGAAGUCCUCAGAAUUAACUUCCACACAGAAUACACUGCUUACUAGAGGGUAAGUAAUAUACAUUGCUCAUGGAAACUUACACAUAUGCUACUAAGACCGAGCAGUAAUCACAGUAUUGUUUAAAACUUGAUCAAGAAAAACUUUGGGUGGAGUUUUUUACCUCUGACCUUUAGAAUCGCUGGGCUCAUGAGGAUAAUAGAAAGCAGAUCAACUUCAGCACACUGAGUAUUGUUUGAAAAUUCUCUACAGAAGAUGCCCCUGCUUCGGGCCGCCCCGUUUCAGCCCUUGGAGGCCCCAGACAAGUGGCUUCCAGCAGUCCGCCUUGGUCUUCACGGCACAGCUGGCACACUGGGCUGAGCUCACUUGGCAAAGGCCAGGAAUUCCUACCAGACCACUGGACACUCCCCAUGGCCCCCUUACUCUUCUCCGAGUAGGCAGGUGAGUGGCAGAGCUGGGCAGAGCGGACCCAUUCUUUUAGUUUACUCGACUAUUCUUUUUUCUGACGUUUGUAAGAGAAAUAUCGUUUAAAAUGUUUCUUUAUUGAUAACAGUCAUUUUAAGGCUGUUUCCCUCUGCACACAGCUUUAGCUAUGUCCUAGUGGUCCCCAAACUUUUUGACACCAGGGACCGGUGCUCCUAUGAAAAUCUGAUGCCUGAUGAUCUGAGGUAGAGCCAAGGUGGUGAUGCCAGCGCUGGGAAGCGGCUGCGAAUACAGAUGGAACUUCGCUCACCCGCCUGCCACUCGCCUCCUAAAGGGCCAGGACCAGUUCCAGACUGUGGCCCCGGGUUUGAGAACCCCUGUAUAGAACUGGGUAUGAAGGCAUCUACCUCUGCAGUGUUGUAUAUGUUUUGAAACUUCGCACUUGAGUUUCUUUGACCCAGGAGUUUUUAAAAGAGAUUUCGUUAAUUUUUAGGUAUUUACAUUAGUUUCGUUUUUUAACAUUAUUUCGUUUGCUUAGAAUUGUUUCGAAUUAUGAUCCAAUUAUGUGUCGCAUUACACCUCUUUAUUCAACUUGUGUGAGCUGUGUGUGUGUGUGUGUGUGUGUGUGUCCCAGUACAUGAUUAUUUUUUGCAAAUAUUCCAUGAGCUUAAAUAGAUGCAAAGUUCUCUCUACAUAUAAUAAUUAAAUUGAACUUGCUGUUUGUAUUAUGCGAACAGCAGUGUAUUCGAAUAAGUGUCUUCAUUCUCACAAUUGUUUUUUGUCUACAAAUUUGUCCAUUUCUGGAAUGGGCGUAUUGAAGCCUGGAGAAAAGUGAGGCCAGCGUUCCGCGUUCCGGUCCGGUCCGCGGCCCAGUCCGGUCCGCGGCCCAGUCAGCGGGACGCCUGCCAAAACCCGGCUCCACCCAGGACAGCAGGGCGGGGGCGGAGCCAGGGGGCGGCAGGUCCGGUUGCCAGGAGGCGGGAACCGGACACAAUGGGGUCCGGGAGUUGGGACGGGCGGGGCGAAAAUCCAGGCACCCCACCUUGCCCUCUCGUCCGGGAGCCACAGGAGCAGGUUAGUGCUUCAACUUUGGGCCCCCCAUGAGACUUCCUCUCCGUGGUGUCCUCGCCUGAUGCCCCUAAAAUAUCCUGGACCCCUAGAACCUCGGGGAAUUCUCUUCCCGCAGGAUUGAGUCCAAACUUGGCGCGCGCGCACACUCCCUUACCGAACUCACUUUGGGGAUGCGGGAUGGUAGCUGACCUCCCAGCUGGGUGCCGGGUCCCUGCCCCAUGCCCCUCACAGAGCGGAAAAAGCUGCCGUUUGUUGUCCUGGCUCCUGGGAAACCGGCUGGGCCCCGCCCCCGCGCUCGGGCUGAGCUGGAAGGGGCCGGGAUGUGUGUCCCCCGCCAGUCCGGGGUGGAGGGGCCGGGGUCGCCACCUUCUGUCCACAGGUGCUGCAGACCGUAGCGCACCCACAGCGCCAUGGGCUUGGACGUCUGGGUCGGCCCUUGGCGGCCGCACCGGCCCCGUGGGCCUAUCGCGGCGCUCUACAGAGGCCCAGGCCCCAAAUACAAGCUGCCCCCCAACACGGGCUACAUCCUGCACGACCCGUCGCGGCCCCGCGCCCCUGCCUACACCUUCGGCUUGCGCCUCCCCACGCAGCAGACGUCGUGCGGCCCGGGGCCCGGCCACCUGGUGCCGGCUCGCAUGACGGUGCGCGGCCCCGACGGCACCCCAGCCUACUCCAUCUACGGCCGCCCGCGCCAGGCAGCGCCCUGCCUCACUCCCGGACCGGGCAGGUACUUCCCGGAGCGGGCGGGGAACGCGACGUACCCCAGCGCACCUCGGCACACCAUCGCCCCCCGAAACUGGGGCAUCCACACGGUGCAGCAGACCCCAGGCCCCGGUACCUACUCAGUGCCCUCGCUCCUGGGCCCCCGGGUCAUCGGUAAAGUCUCGGCCCCAACUUACUCCAUCUACGGCCGCCACGCGGCGGGCAGCUUCUUCGAGGACCUCAGCAAGACCCCGGGUCCCUGCGCCUACCACGUGGUGAACCCUGGGAUCUACAAGUCUCGAGCCCCCCAAUUCACGAUGCUGGCGCGGACUUCACUCCCCCAAGACAACACCCUGAAUCCCGGGCCCGCAGCCUACAACGUGGACCAGCACCGGAAGCCUCGCGGCUGGAGCUUCGGGAUCCGGCACUCGGACUAUCUGGCCCUGAACAUGACAGAUGCUGUUGACUAAUCGGCCGGCGGGCGCGGCCCUAAAAAUGUUUGCUUAAAGAUCCCAGAGCCAGUCACGAGUCUGCCUCUCUGUGCGCGCGGCAGGGUGGGGCGCCGGGCGCGCGCAGCGGGAUGGUUGCCUGGAAGGACGCGCCUGUCGAGUCCCGGAAAUUUCGCGUUCCCGCGAGCCUUUGUGAUUGGCCGGGACAAAAGCGCGCGCGGGCAGCCCCGCCUCCCCGAGGCGGCGAUUGGUUCAGAGUUCCGCUUGCCUGAACCCCGCCCACCUGCCGUCGUGGGUCCGCCCUUGACAGUCGCGGGACUGUCCCUUCCCUUCCUUGCGGUCCCUACCCUGUGGCCACGAACACAACAGGGCAGAAGCAGGUUGGGAUCCGUAGCAGGUCGAGCGAGGCCGCUGUGCGCGACAG